GGGGAGCGGGGGCUGCGAGGCGACCCGAUCCUGCCGUGCGCCCUGGCCUCUCCGCCCGGCUCCGGGGAGGCGCGUCCCCUUUGCGCUCCGCCUCCCCCUCCUCCUUCGCUCCAGCCCAGCCCCGGCUCUGCGGGCCGGGAGAAGCCAAGGAAGGAGCCGCGGACGGCGGCGGAUCGCCCCCCCCCCCACACACCCCUUCUUGAUCCGGAUCGCCGGGGAACCGAGCCGGGCCAAAGCCCUCCACCCCGCCUCUCCAAAGCGCACGGUCAUCCGGGGCAGCCCCAGCUCAGGCGGGAGUCGGGGCCCAGCCAGCCCUUCGCCCAACCCCUCCUCCUCCCCCCCCCCCCCCCCCCGAGCCUUCCCUUUGCGGAUCCAGCCCCGAGACCUGCUUUUGUUUGUGGAUUUCUCCGAUGGAGCCUGCAGGGGACCGGCCUGGUGGGGCCCCUUGAACGCCCCCCCUCCCCGCCCCCGCUCCGAGCAGGGCGCACGGAGCCCUCUGGAUCCAUCCGGCAUCCCUGGGGGGCGGGGGAGGGGGAGAGAGAAAAAAAUCCAGGAUGGCGCCUCCCCUAGGCUGAGCGAGCCCCGCUGCUCCCCGAAAAGAGCCCGGGCAGGGAGGAAGCAAGGGCCAGUACCAUGGAAAAACUCCUCCUGCCCCUUUUGAUGCUCGGCACCAUGGCGAAGGGUCAGCACUGCCCCGGCCGCUGCAUCUGCCAGAACAUCUCGCCCACCCUGACCAUGCUGUGCGCCAAGACGGGGCUGCUCUUCGUGCCGCCAUCCAUCGACCGGCGCACGGUGGAGCUGCGGCUGACGGACAAUUUCAUCACCAUCAUCCGGCGCAAGGAUUUCUCCAACAUGACCAACCUGGUGCACCUGACCCUCUCCCGGAACACCAUCAGCCAGGUGAUGCCCUACGCCUUCUCUGACCUGCGGGCCUUGCGCGCCUUGCAUAUGAACAGCAACCGGCUGGCCUCCCUCCGCAACGAGCACUUCAAAGGCCUGGGCAACCUCCGGCACCUCAUCCUGGGCAACAACCAGAUCAGCAACAUCCAGCCGGCCUCCUUCGACGAGUUCCUGGCCACCGUGGAAGACCUGGAUUUGUCCUAUAACAACCUGGAGACGCUGCCGUGGGAGGCCAUCGGGCAGAUGGUCAGUCUGAACACCCUGACCCUGGAUCACAACCUCAUCGACCAUAUCGCCGAGGGCACCUUCUCCCAGCUCCACAAGCUGGUGCGUUUGGACAUGACCUCCAACAGGCUGCAGAAGCUGCCCCCGGACAACCUCUUCCUCCGGGCUCAGGUGCUGGCGAACGUCCGGGGCUCCCACCCGUCCACCUUGACCAUCAGCUUCGGAGGCAACCCCUUGCAUUGCAACUGCGAGCUGCUCUGGCUCCGGCGCCUGACGCGGGAGGACGACCUGGAGACCUGCGCCUCUCCCGAGCACCUGAUGGAUAAGUACUUCUGGUCCAUCCCCGAGGAGGAGUUCAUCUGCGAGCAGCCCCUCAUCACGCGCCAGUACUCCUCCAAGGCCUUCAUCAUGGAGGGCCAGGGAGUCAGCCUCAAGUGCAAGGCGGUGGGAGACCCCGACCCCUCCAUCCACUGGAUCGCGCCCGACGGCAAGAUGAUCCACAACACCACCCGCGCCACGGUCUACGACAACGGCACACUGGAGGUGCACAUCACCACGCUCAAGGACAACGGGGUCUUCACCUGCAUCGCCUCCAAUGCCGCCGGAGAAGCCACCGCCCCCGUGGAGGUCUGCAUCGUGCCGCUGCCGUUGCUGGUCAACAACACGGGCCACAUGAAGGAGCCCGACCCCGGCUCGUCCGACAUCACCACCUCCGCCAAGUCGGGUGCCAACGACACCAAGAACCACCUGGAGAAGAAGAUUGUGGCGGCUGAGCUCACCUCCACCUCGGUGGUGAUCCACUGGCCCUCGGAGCGGCACAUUCCCGGCAUCCGCAUGUACCAGAUUCAGUAUAACAGCUCCCUGGAUGACUCGCUGGUGUACAGGAUGAUCCCCCCGUCCAGCCGGGCCUUCCUGGUGAACGACCUGGCGGCGGGGCGGGCCUACGACCUGUGUGUGCUGGCCGUCUACGACGACGGGGUGACGGCGCUGACGGCCACCAGGGUGGUGGGCUGCGUCCAGUUCACCACGGAGGGCGAGACGGCCCAGUGCCACGCCCUGCACACCCAGUUCCUGGGCGGCACCAUGAUCAUCAUCAUCGGCGGGAUCAUCGUCGCCUCCGUCCUGGUCUUCAUCAUCAUCCUCAUGAUCCGCUACAAGGUCCACGGCGGGCACGAGGGGCCCAAGAAAGCCAAGGUCAGCAACGUCUACUCCCAGACCAACGGCGGGCAGCCCCCGGCCUCCAAGCCCGCCGAGGACAAAUACGAGACCUUCCAGGAGGCGAGGCCUAAGGAGGCGGGGCCUAUGGAGGCGGAGCCCAAGAAGGACACGCCCGUCACCCCCGAACCGGACAAGAGAGACCCCAAGCCAGGUGCAGACCUCCAGACUGUGGCCCUGCUGUCCUCGGAGGAGGGCCAGCCCGAAAGCAGCGUGACCAGCUCCUUGGGUCUCCUCCGGGACAGUGGGCCGGGCGGCCAACACCGGGCCACGCUGGGCAGCGUGGGCCUCUUUCCCCGGGAGCUGUCGAGGACUCACCACCACCGUCACUCCUUCGACGGGGACUAUUCUCUGUUUCAGAGCCACAGCUACCCGCGCCGGGCACGGACAAAACGGCACAUGUCCACGUCCCAGCUGAACGCGGAGGGCUGCCCGCUGAGCCAACGCCGGGUCACCUUCAGCAGCACCGAGUGGAUGCUGGAGAGCACCGUCUGAGACGGGCCCCGGGGCGGGCUGCGGGGGUGGCAAUUUCGUCGGGCCCACGGGGCGCACGACCAGUUCCCCGGGGGCUUGGAGGGGACGGCUCCGGUUUCACCCACCCGCCCCAGACGGGGGUCCUGCGCCGAUCCCGCCGACGCCGGCUCUCUUCCGCUGCGGUGCCUUAAAGAGCGGAGACGGAGGACAGAGACUGAAAACGCCACCCGACGGACGGAGCGAACGCAAGCAUUUGGGCAAGGAGGGGACUGCCCGGCUGCAGGGAGAGGAAGGGGCGUGGGGGGGCUACGGGAUGAGUUUCCAGAGACCCCCUCCACCCCAUCUGCACCGGGCGGCACGGGAAGGACAGAGCAGGACUAGCAAAGACACAUGCACAGAUGACACGAAAUUACAAAGAUCCUUUUACCUUGAGUAAAUCUUUAUGCAUUAAUAACUGUCCGGGAUGGGGGACGGAGCAGAGUUUAGUUGCAAAAUAAACCUAUUUCCCCCUGCCCCCGCAAGUGUUUCUGGGAAGGGGGCGACAGGCACCUGCUCCCCGAUACAGACUGUGGGGGGCCUAUUUAUUGUAUCUGGCUGGUCUAGAUCAUUUUCUGUGUUCAGUGUAUUCAGUAUCGAAAAAGUCAUCGCCCUUUUCCCUGUUAUUCCAAACUGUACCCUACUCUAGCAAACUCCCCCCUACACCCCGUGCCCUCCCCUUCCAUCCAUCCCAGCCCCCCAGCAGUACCCCAUUCCCCCACCAUCCCCCCACAACCUGCCCAACCCCCAGAGCCAUCCCCCACCAUCUCUCCCAGGCCCCCAGCAGUACCCCAUUCCCCAUCCUUCCCCCAACCUCCCCAGCUGUACCCCAUCCCCCAUCCAUCCCCCACCCCCACAGCUGUACCCCAUUCCUCUCCAUCCACCCAUCCCCCACAGUGGUACCCCAUUCCCCAUCCUUCCCCCAACCUCCCCAGCUGUACCCAAUUCCCCAUCCAUCCACCCAGCCCCCCCAGUGGUACCCCAUUCAUCAUCCUUUUCCCAACCUCCCCAGCUGUACCCCAUUCCUCAUCCAUCCCCCCACCCCCACAGCUGUACCCCAUUCCUUUCCAUCCCCCCAUCCCCCACAGUGGUACCCCAUUCCCCAUCCUUCCCCCAGCCUCCCCAGCUGUACCCCAUUCCUUUCCAUCCCCCCAUCCCCCACAGUGGUACCCCAUUCCCAUCCUUCCCCCAGCCUCCCCAGCUGUACCCCAUUCCUUUCCAUCCCCCCAUCCCCCACAGUGGUACCCCAUUCCCCAUCCUUCCCCCAGCCUCCCCAGCUGUACCCCAUUCACUUCCAUGCACCCAGCUCCCACAGCUGUACCCCAUUCCCCAUCCAUCCCCCCACCCCCUCCACCGUACCCCAUUUCCCAUCAUCCUUCCCCCAUCAUGACUUUUUAAAAGGAAAACGCUGUUUGAGUACCGAACACAAGUUUUUACAUUAAAAACCUGUGCCCUCUGCCCCCGAACCUCCUUAUUUCCUCAUCCCCCCCCCCGAUCCCUCUCCCCCCCACUGUCCCCUUUUGGGGCAUGGCCCCCCCUUUUCAGGAGGUGAUUAAAACCUUUUAUGUGUGAACUGC